AUGACAAAUAACAAAAAUUACCAAAAACUUUCCGAAGAGGAGCUGCAAGCCGAAAUAACUGCGAGUAUGCCUUUCUUUGCACACCCCGAUCAGACAAAAAGAAAGGAAAUAGAAGACGCAUUUGUCCAAAUGAGCAUGAACGGCAAGUAUCUCUACGUUUUAUCAAGAAUGUAUGCCUCGGACCCAAGGAAAUACUUCUUGGCUGGCGUGUUACUGCGAAAUUCGCUGAUGGCAACGGAUCCAACGUUGAAAAAGCGAAUAGAGGAAAAGUAUGCCAACAGUAUGAACAAGGAUGAAAUUAAGAGCCAUCUGAUGGGAAUGAACGAUGAUAUUUCGGUAGACUGUGUCGCACGUAUAGCAUCACUAGAGCUAAUCAAAAAUGAAUGGACUGAUUUUUUUGGGGUCGGCAACACUCGCUCCCUUGUGCUUGCCAUUUUGUACCUGAAGGACUACAAUUUUGAUUUUAUUAAUUACCUGGAUGUGAUAUAUCAGAGGUUGUACACAGAGCCCAAGGAUCUUCUUAAAGUUAUUUCCAUCUUUAAAGACAGGUUGUCAAGCAACAGAUUGAAUCACAUAUUGGGAACAUGUGUUGAGGCGUCAGACCUUCCGGGAUUGACCAUAAUCUUUGACAACUUUUACAAAUUUAUUGUGGACAAAAAUUUGUACUUUGCUUUUGUGAACUCGCUAGCUGAAAAGCUUCCAGCAGAGGUGAUAAAGUUUUACGAAGUGCUUGAUAGUCAUCAGUGUCCAUUUGAAGCAAGUAUACUUUUCAAGUACUUAGAAAGUGUCGAUGCGCAGGUCGUUCAUUCUGUUACCAAUUUGUUGUGCAGUUUCUUUGACAAACUAUUUGUUGAUGGGCAGAAAACAUACUUGCCGUACCAGGAUCGGGAAAUGUUGGAGAUCAAGACGUAUUUAAAUAACAAUGAGGGAAAGGAUUCAUUUGUUUUGAUGCUUGGAUGCUGUCCGAGUGCGUACAAACAAAAUUAUUUGGAUAUUUUAGUGUGCAAGAACGCGUUCUGGCCACUUUCCAGACUGGCAGAGCAAAGAUUUGAUGAUCUGGCUGUUUGUUUGCCGCAGAUAGUGAAAUGCUGCCUGAUCGCAAUCGAUAAGGAGGUUAAUGAGGAUGCGUGCCAGCUCCUGCAGGUACUAUCUCAACAGGUGGAUAGCGAGCAAUAUGAAAAUGAGCUUUCGUUUUGCUUUAUUGAUAUAUUGAAUACGCUCAUACUUACAUCUGAACGGAUAAAUUACACUGAGUAUGAGAAAAGGGCUGCCCUGUUCAGUGCAUUAAUCGAAACGGUGAAGGGUUGUGCCGACUCGCAACGAGCUGGACUAGAAAAACUUCUCUUUUAUCUGAUAAGCAAAGUCAAAGAAAGCCUAAAGAUAGUUGACUCCCUCAAUAUGAAUGAGUUUCUGAUCCUGGAAGACAUUUUGACGUAUUAUUUGAGUUUGAUCGAGGAAAUUCUCAGAAAACAGAAGGAUACGCAGUACAUCGAAGCUGUGUAUGAUAUUUACUACGAUGUGCUUAGUCUUAGGCGCAUAAGCAGUCUAGUUGGUGACGUGUACAUAUCCCUGUCUGCACUUAUAGCCGAGAACUCGUUUUUCCUGGGAAAAAUGGAUGAGUUAGUGCAGUUCAUAGUGAGAGACAUUAAAUACAAGCAGGGAUAUGAUAUUUUCACGUUCAAGGCUGCACUUCUGCUCAUUGGAGACAUCUCACAGGUUCUAUCCAAGGGAAUCCUCAAGUAUUCAUUUUUAACUGAACUGCUUCUGAAUAACUUAAGCUCCGAGUACAUCCAGAGAAGCAUAAAACCACUGCUAUUGUCGAUACUGGGCGAUUUGGUAUUUGCAAUGGGAACAUCAUAUGCCCACAAAGAUCUCACAUGUCUAAUGCUCGAAGAAAUAUUGGGACUGGACAGAAGCCUUGACAUUCUAUUUAUAGAUGAUCUUAAGAAAAGUGCUCUUAUCCUCUUAGACACUCUCCUGAUUACUUUUGAGCGGGAGGUCAGCAAAGAGUUGAUAGUACGUUUUCUUGCGCGAGUUUCUUCGGAAGACGAGCGAAACCAUUCGCUCAGGCAGCUACUUGAUCUCUCAUAUGAUUAUGUCUGCUUCUACGGUGUGAACGGGCACUUAGAUCUCAUAAAUGAGAUUAUAAGUAAAGGAAAGCAGGAGAACAUCGACAAGACUGAUCAACUGCUGAACUUGAUUAAAUAAAACGUACUAUGUGAAUGA